UAUUAGUAAACAUAAGAUAUAUGUUUAACAUAUACAAUUAAUAACUUGCAAAAUUAUAUAUAAAAUUAAAGAAGUACAAAAAGGUCAAAAAAGAUUUGACAAAAAAUCCAAUUAGGAGCGAAUUAUGUGUUAAAUAAAAUAACAAAUCAUCAAACAUAAUGCACCUGUAUAUGAAACACUUUCUUCUGCUAAUAUGGAUUAUUGGAACAGCCGCCUCACAAAUCGAUAACGACUUUAGAUACAUAUCUUAUGAAGAUUUACUUCCAACAUCGGAUCGCUUUACUGACGGAAAUGUAACAUCAUUUUCACGUCUGUUGUUUGACGUUGCCAGAGAGCAAAUAAUUAUCGGUGCAAGAGAUCAUCUUUACCGAACAUCGCUGAAGCUGCAUUUAAAGGAACGUGCUGUUUGGGAAGCUUCUCCGUCAAUUCGUGAGACUUGUUUGAACAAAGGACAACGCGAUGAGGAUUGUCACAACUACAUUAUGGUUCUCCAAAGCUACGGAGGCAACAAAUUGUACACUUGUGGCACUUACGCCUACAGUCCUUACUGCUCAAAACGCCGCAUGGAGAACCUAAAUGUCACAAAAUACGAUAAGGGAGUCGCCAAAUGUCCUUUCAACCCGAAAGCGAACAUCACGACACACAUGUCAGAAACGGGCCAAAUGUUUAUCGCUUCGCCAACGGAUUUUUCGGGUUCUGAUCCAGCAAUUUUACGUGCCGACAUCGCCGGAGACGACAAUCGCAUGUUACGAACGAAGCAAUAUGACUCGAAAUGGCUGAACGACCCCCAAUUCGUCGGAAGUUUCGAACAUCAGGAUUUUGUGUACUUCGUUUUUCGCGAACGGGCGUUGGAACACAUCAAUUGCGGGAAGAUUGUUUAUUCCCGGAUCGCGAGAGUUUGCAAAAAUGAUCCUGGCGGCACAGUUUUCUUCAAGGAAAAUUGGACUUCCUUCAUAAAAGCGCGUUUAAAUUGUUCCUUGCCCGGCGAAUAUCCCUUUUACUUCGACGAAGUGCAAAGUAUUCAUUAUUCGGCGCAAGAUCAACUCGUUUACGCGACUUUUAACACUCCCGUGAACAGCAUUCAAGGCGCUGCGAUUUGCGCUUUUAAUAUUUCGGCGAUCCAAAAGGCUUUUGCGGGGUCGUUCAAGUAUCAGGAAAGCUUGAAGGAGACUUGGAAACGUGUUGACAUGGAAAAUCGCGCAUAUCACGAAUGCCAAACGGGCCAAAAUGAGUUUGGAGUCGCACGGAGAUCGACUAAUCUCAUGGAAUCGACAAAAUAUCAACUUAUGGAUCAAGCUGUUCAACCAAUAACGUUGGAGCCCUUGCAUCAUGCCAAGUUGGAACGAUUUUCGCACAUCGCCGUUGAUAAUGUCUCAACAAAAUUGCAUGAAAACGUUCAAAUUAUUUACGUUUCAACGGAAGAAGGUUAUAUAAAAAAAAUUUCCAUCCUUCCACGCACCAAAGAAACUUGCGUCAUCGAAAAAUGGCAAGCUACGGAGAGUCCUCAGGUGAAAAUCCGCACUUUGCAGUACCUAAAAGAGACAAAUUCGUUAUACGUUGGCACCGAUACGUCCGUUAUGCGUAUCCCGUCGCAGCAUUGUAGUCGUCAUGCAUCGAAAACUUCUUGUAUCAACUCGAUGGAUCCGUAUUGCGGAUGGAAUGAAGUGCAAGAAACAUGUACAACAGCUCCUGGAGGUAAUGCUUUGGCUAAAUAUUGGUCUCAAAACGCAAAUGAGUGUCCUUUGUUGAAAUCCCCAAUCGACGGAGGAUGGGGUGCAUGGUCAAAUUACAAAAAAUGCGCCAAAAUGGACUCAACCGAAGUCGUUUUUGACGAAAAUGGAUCCAAUAGUGAUACUUGCAUGUGUCGCACACGCAAAUGUGACAAUCCGGCACCCUCGAAUGGCGGCAAAGAGUGUCAAGGAAUGAAUAUUAUCGUGACAAAUUGUACCGUUCAUGGGGGUUGGUCUGAUUUUUCGAAUUGGAGUGCCUGUUCCCAAACAUGCGGAAUUGCCGUUAAAACGCGACGUCGCACAUGCAUGAACCCCAAACCAGCUCACGGAGGCAGAGUUUGCGUUGGACCUGAUCGAGAAGAAAUUUAUUGCACAAAUUUACCGCCGUGCCCAAUAGCGAAGGAACAAGCAGUUGACGGCGGAUGGAGUUCGUUCGGGCCAUGGAGUAAUUGUUCGGCGAUUUGCGGCGGCGGAUUUCGAAUCAGGAAGCGGAAAUGUGACAAUCCUGCGCCACGGAAUGGAGGAAUGGAAUGUGCCGGAUGCCAUAUCGAUUAUGAAGUUUGUAAUUUGCAGCCGUGUACGGAUAUUAAGAAAGUUAGUCAAUGGACGCCGUGGUUGAUUUCGACAAAUGGCACAGAAAGUGUUGAAAAAAGGUAUAAAUUUGCGUGUAAAGCUCCGGUGCAGGAUUCGUCGCAGAUUAAAGUAGCGAUAGCGAAGGAAGAAGUGAGGGAAUGUCAAAAUUGUAGGAAAAACGAGCCUUGUAAGGCAGAAGGGAAGUCGCAAUGGAGUUGUUGGAGCGAAUGGAGUGCUUGUAGCGUUUCUUGCGGCGUUGGAAUUCAACAAAGAUAUCGAUCGUGCUUGAUAGAAGAUAAUGAUUUGGAAGGAUGUGAUGGAGUUAGCAAAGAAACGAGAGAUUGUGAGAUGCCAACUUGUGAAAGCUUCAUGGGAUGGAGUGAAUGGAGCAAUUACUCAAACUGCAACGAAGAUGGCGAAAAAGUGCGUUUCCGAACGUGUUUAAGAAAAAAUCCGGGCCCCAAAGAAUGUCUUGGCGAAGAAAAACAAACAAAAAUUUGUAAAUCUGUGCCGUUUAAUGAGGCUCACACAGCAACUAACGACAUCCAUUUGGGCGCUUUUGGAUGGAUUGCAAUCGUUUUCAUUUGCGCUCUUUGCAGUGUUGGAUCCGCCAUUGCAACUUCCAUCAUCAAAGAUCGUCGUCGACAAAAGUUAACAGCGAUUACGGGAUCUCCUCAUUACGGUUCUUAUCCCAAUCAAUAUUCAAGUCUGCCAACCAAAGAUAUGGACUUUCGUACAUAUUCAGAAUCAAAACCGCGUCGCCAAUCAUCGUUCAAGAGCGAUUCAAAGUUCAACGGGAACGGAACUCUCCCGAAAUCGAUAAAUGUUCAUUGUAAUACUCCGAAAAUUCUGGCGAAAAGUUACAAUGACACCGAUACAGCUACAAUAAAGCGAAAUUCUCAUCUAAAUAAUGCCAAGAUGCGACUGAAAGACGACGAGGACAAGUAUUAAAAGUUGACGUAGCAGAAAUUUCUUCGGAAAUGAUCUCAAAAUAGUCUCAAAUGUUAGAAAAAAAUCAAAAAAUUAAGAUUUCACUCUUUAUUGAUUCGUUAAUAGACAUAAUAAUUGUAAAUUGACAUGACGAUUAACUCUAAAAACGACUGAAAACACCUUAAGUCUAUGAAUUUUGAUUCGAUGUCCAAUUCGAACGAUUAUUGUGAUACACUUCGUGCGUUUAAAUAUUGUCAGGAAUUAAGGACAGAGAAAUACUGAUAGUAGAUUUCAAUUAAAAUUAACACAAAGUACCUAGAUUAGAUAGUUUGAGCGUUCAAAACUUAUGUAAAUAGCUUGUAGAGAUCACAUUAGGAGCUUAAAGUUAAAUUUUUUGUAUAAAUUUAUGUUAAAAUUUAGUUUUUUAGGUUCAAGAAGUAUCAUUAACGAGUGCCAAUGACUGUUAAAAGUACUAAAAACUUUAAUUUUAUAAAUAUUUUUUGUAUAAUUUUGGUUGAAUUUUAAU